GCUCACUGAUAACCAAGGUAAUAUGACCGGCACGCAGCACUCCGUAUUACCAAACCAAGGGUAAUCUGACUUCGUCGGCCACUUUACCGAGGGAGGUGUGCAGUGGAGCAAGGGCGGCCAUGGGGCCCGGUCCCGUGGGAAACCUGCUAAGCUUCGAAUCCACCUUCUCUGAGCUCCAAACCGCCAUCAAUGGCGGAAAUCAGCGAACUUCCCAUCAGCUGACUCCUCAUGUUGCGUUGGCAGAUCUGUGCGGCCGGUGGAGGCUUGAGCCGGACGACUUCAGGAUGAGUGACCAGUGUUGGGUCGCUGACGACGAUCGACGGUACGGUGGCUCAGAUGGUGGUCGGUGGAACUGGAUGCUAACUACGAGCGGCUCUGUCCCAGGCGGGUGCUUUACCAGAAAAUGGAAUGACGAGGCCCAGAGCACUGCAGCAAGCUCGUCUGGUGCAGGCUUACAACAGGGGUUUCAUGGCGAUGGCUCUGGCGGCUCCGGCGACCUCGAAACAGAUCUGGAAAAAAUCCAGAUUUGGGCUUCCCAGAUUCGCAACUUCCCCGAUUCUUCUUCCCCUCCUCAGAAUCAAUUUUUUCUUUUAUUUUUGCUGAAAUUAGUAGCUUUUUCGUAUGAAUCUUUCCGGUAGAAACUCAAGAACAGUAGAAUACAUGAAUCUUUUUGGACAGAUUCCCACAGACGGCGCCAGUGUUGAGUUUAAUCCAACACGAUAUAGUAGAUAUAUGUAUGAACACUCAGUUUUUACGUGGAAACCCGAAAGGGAGAAAACCACGGGACUUUUUAGGCUAAUGUCCAAGCCCUCUCAUUCUCAUUAGGACUCUCCUCACCAUUACAUCGUACAAGUAUUGAAGCUCCCAUUAAUGGAGUUCUAUCUAAUCUAGA